AACCCCCCCCCCCAAACCUCCGUUCAUACAUGACCGGCCUACCGCGCAUAUCGACGAUGGCGAAAUCUGCAACCCUCUAAGACGGCAUCGUGCCUGUGGAACCUCGUGGUACAGACAGGGGGUGAGGGGUGGGAUCGCACAAAGCACACAAAAUGGCAGACGCAACCUCGGAGGAGGAGGCGUCGCCUUUGCUCCCUGUCUCGAUUCAACCGCCGUCAUCACGUCCAGGCUCCGAGAUGGCGUCGAGAAUCACAACGGCCCUCUGGGGCCCUCCGUCGGUCCAGCGCUCGCUGCUCAUCAAGCUGGACUUCACCGUGCUCAUCUACUUCUCCGUCGUCUGGUUCCUGUUCGGCAUCAACCGCGCCAGCUACAACACGGCGUACAUCAGCGGGAUGAAGGAAGAGCUGGACUUCCAAGGAAAGGACUUCAACUACAUGCACACGAUUUACCUAGUCACCUAUGCAGUUUUCCAGAUCCCCUCAACCUCCAUCUUGACUGUCGUCAAACCCCGAUACGUAUUCGUUGCGGCGAACACCGUCUGGAGUGUCCUCACUCUGGUCACGUUCCGGGCGAACCAUGUCUAUCAAGUCUUUAUUCUCAACGGGUUCGAAGGCGCCUUCUCAGCCAUCGCCUAUGUGGGCGCGCACUUCAUCUACGGGUCGUGGUACAAGCAAUCCGAGCUCGCCACCCGCGCGGCAGUCUUCUGCGCCUUUGGCAACCUCGGCAACAUGGCGGGAGGCUGGAUCCAGGCGGGACUUCUGGCGUCUCUUUCCAACGGCCCAAUCGCUCCGUGGCGGCUCAUUUUCGUGGUGGUCUCGUGUGUCACCAUCCCCUUCGCCAUCUUUGGCUGGUUCGCCAUCCCGGAUCUUCCAGAGCACCGCACAGCAAGGUUUCUGACCCCCGAGGAGAGGGAACUCGCCGUUAGCCGCCUCGGCCGUGUGAAGACUAAGUCAUGGGACCGGACCGUGUUCAGACGAGUUCUACUUAGCUGGCAGUUCUGGCUGCUGCCGACUGUCUUCAUGCUCUACUCCCUCAGCGUCCAAGCCAUAGGCAACAACGUCAUACCUCUCUGGAUGGCCUCCCGUGGCUACAGCGUAAUCCAGCAGAACAACUACCCAACCGCGACCUACGCAACGGGAAUCGUUGCCACCUUCAUCUACUGCGCCGUGUCCGACAAGCUCCGCUCCCGCUGGCAGGCGUCCCUCUGCAUCGGCUUCACCUUCAUCGUCAGCAGCGCCAUCCUGAUCUCGGACCCGCCCGAUGCCGGCUACUUCUUCGCCUUCUACCUGAUGGGAACGACCUACGCGCCGCAGGCGCUCUGGUACUCGUGGAUGGCCGACCUGACGGCCCACGACAUGCAGCUCCGGGCGAUCACGACGGGAUUCAUGAACUCGUUCGACUUCGCCUUCGUCACAUGGUGGCCGCUGAUCUUCUACCCCGUCACGGACGCGCCGAACUACCGGAAAGGUUACAUCGCGAGUUUGGUGACCGGUGCUCUGACCGUGCCGGUCAUCUUGUUGAUUGCGUUCCUCGAGAGAAGGGGAAGGAGGAAGGGAACCAUUGCCGAUGUUAACGAUGAAGAUGAGUAGGUGGCGAAUGAGUAUUAGUCUGGGGUUGUCUGAGGACAGGAUCGCCGAGUUGAUUCCCCGAACUCGGAGCCGGCUUGGGUCUAGUAUACUUAGUCCCACCAAGCUGAUGCCCGGUCUGAUGCCGGUUUCUUGGGACCGGCCGGUGCAAUACCCUUUGACGCUGACAUCAUUGCAAUGUCGAUGGCGCCCACCGUCGGAAAACUGAUCUGAGGAUCCAGUAGUUAGUUAGUAGUUGAUGCUAAUAUUAGUACUUUCUCC